CCGGAGUCCGGGAAGGAGCGCUGCGUCCGUUCAAAAGGCCUGCCUGCAAUGGGCUUGUACGUCCUCGAUUACGGCGCCGGCAACGUGCGCAGCGUGUUCAAUGCUCUCGGCAAGUUCGGUUUUGAGUACCGCAUCGUCGAGAAGCCUGAUGACAUCCUGGAGGCCACGCAGCUCAUCUUCCCUGGCGUGGGAGCCUUCGGCAAGGCGAUGGAGGUGCUGCAAAAGAAGGGCUAUGCGGCGCCGCUGAAGCAGUACAUCGACAGCGGCAGGCCCUUCCUGGGCAUCUGCAUCGGCCUGCAGUGCCUCUGUGAGGGCAGCGAAGAGUCACCCGGUAGGUACCUAUGUGCACGGACGGCUCAUGGCACUAGCUGCACUGGCUGCGAGAGAGAAAGAGAUCAGAUCUGUGUGUCAUCUGUGCCGGCUGGCUGCAGGUGUGGAGGGUCUCGGCAUCAUCAAGACCACUGUGAGGAAGUUCAAGACAAACGCAUCGGUUCCCCAAAUAGGCUGGAACACUCUCACAUUCCACCGGCAGGGCGGCCUCAUACCCGCACCCCCUCCCUCUUCGGCCUCGGUGAAGGACCCCCGCUACUACUUCGUCCACUCAUUCCACCUGGACGUCAACGAGGCCACCGAGCCCUGGCUGCUGGCCUCGUCCACAUAUGGAGGGGUGCCCUUCGUCAGUGCGGUGCAGCGGGGAGCGGUCAUCGCCACACAGUUCCAUCCAGAGAAGUCGGGCUCGCUGGGGCUGGAGAUCUUCAGGGCAUUCGUCGAGGGCACGGCACCGGCCAAGAUAGACAGCCUGACGACUCUCGUCGACUGCCCGGUGACAUCUAGUGGUGGCCACGCGAUGAACAAUGGUGCGGGGGCUGGGUGUGGUGGCGAGUUGGCGAAGCGUAUCAUCGCAUGUUUGGAUGUGCGGACCAAUGACGAGGGUGAUCUGGUGGUCACCAAGGGCGACCAGUAUGACGUCAGGGAGGAGGGCAGCGUCAGAAAUCUCGGUGAGUGAGUGAGUGAGUGUGAUACGCAAUGAAUGAGCGAAACAGAACCAUUGAUAUCAAUGACCAUUCUGUAUCUGUUUGUGUCCGUCCAAUGAAUGUGUACGAGUGCACUGCAGGCAAGCCGGUGGCAUUGGCUCAGCGUUACUAUGAGGAGGGCGCCGACGAGGUGACCUUCCUCAACAUCACCUCAUUCCGCAACUCGCCACUCGCCGACCUGCCCAUGCUGCAAGUGCUCAAGAGGACAUCCAAAGAGGUCGGUCAGCAUCCAGAAGAAUCCAAGACGACAUGACAUCGCGUCGCACCACACGGCGUGUUUUGCGUCUAAUGUCUUGCUUGCUUCAGGUGUUUGUGCCGCUGACGAUAGGUGGCGGCAUCCGUGACUUCACGGACCCAGACGGCACCUAUCACUCGGCCCUUGAGGUGGCCGGCGAGUACUUCCGGUCAGGUGCCGACAAGGUGUCAAUCGGCAGCGACGCCGUAUACGCCGCUGAGGAGUACAUCCAGCACCAGCACCACCAGGGCAAGCCACCACCAUCCAAGGCCAGCCAGCCGUCAUCCAUUGCGCAGAUAGCCGAGGUGUACGGCAGCCAGGCGGUCGUCAUAUCCGUCGACCCCCGACGCGUCUACGUCUCGUCUCCAGGCAGCACCACACACAAGACCAUCGAGACCAAGUUCCCCGGCCCAGCUGGCGACAGACACGUGUGGUACCAGUGCACCGUCAAGGGCGGCCGGGAGGGACGAGACCUCGGCGUCUAUGAGCUGGUGCGGGCGUGCGAGGCGAUGGGUGCCGGCGAGAUCCUGCUCAACUGCAUCGACAAGGACGGCACCAACUCUGGUUUCGACCUCGAGCUCAUAGCGAUGGUGCGCGAGGCCGUGUCGAUCCCGGUCAUCGCGUCGUCGGGCGCAGGGAGGGCGGAGCACUUCGCUGAGGUGUUUGAGGCGACUGGUGCCGAGGCGGCGUUGGCAGCGGGUAUCUUUCACAGGGGGGAGGUGGGCAUAGGGGAGGUCAAACGGCACCUCAGGGACAGGGGAUUCGGUGUCAGGAAUGCCUGACGGACCUUAUAAUCUGCAUGGUCCGCGUCCCGUUCGUGUGAUGGAUUGAUUCAGUGUGCUGUGUGGGUCUGGCUGUUUUGUUUGAUGAAUGCGCGAAUAGGUGGAAUAGGUGACUGACAAGACAUGAAUGAAUGUGUCCAGUUUUGGCGACAGACAGACAGUGUUUGUGCCUGCUGAAAUGGCCCUUCGUUCCUUCAACAACGUCGACAUUGACCCAUCGCUGCCUGCCGACAUUCUAUAUCCUGCGAGCGCCUCAUGUUUG